GCAAUGGCCAAGACGUCACCCGACGGUGUGGAUAGCGGUCUGUUGCUCAGUUAUUUUUCGCUUUUUGUUAAGGCAACGCGACUGCAGCAGCGGCAACGGAAAGCCACGCGGCCGCGUCCCCCGUAACAGUCUAUCUCUCUCCGUCGUCUCUCCGUGUAGUUAAUCAGUCCUCCUUUCGCACCCCACACCACCCCCCCGACGGUCAUUCCUCCACCAUCGCCCUCCCUCUCACUCUGUCGCGAGUCGCACUGUCUGCGAGGCGUUCGCGUUCUCGCUUUUACACGCAGCAACUGUCUGGCAGGCGGGCCUGGAGCAGUGGCUGGAGCGGGACAGCAAACAAGAAACGUUUUUAUUGUUAUUGCCCAACCCCCCUGCCCCAUCCCUUUACCGUACUGUUAUUGUAGUUGUUGUCACUUUUCGUACAUUCCCCUAAAAAGAAAGAAAGAAGUGUAACUAUUUCUCCAUGUAAUUGUGAUUGCGCGUUAUCUAUACAUACAUCUACAUAUGUGUACAUCAUACAUGCAUAAGUACAUGCAUACAUGAGUGAGAGUGCAACGUCAGGGCGUCAGAAAGCACAAAAUAAUUACGAAAUAUUCAACAAAAUUCUGCCUGGCGAGGAGAGCGGCAAGCGUCCGAAGUUCAACGGUGCGGUGCGGGGCGUGGUCUGACGCUUUAAUCUAGAGAAUUCUGUGCGAACGAACCGUUAACAUUUUUAACACUCUGACGGGCGGCAGAAAGGAAAAGACAGCAACAAUUUGACAGCUGUAUCUGAGCGAACGAGCCCGUGCGUGUGAAAGGCAGUCAAAGAGCAAGCAAACAGAAGAGAGAGUGGCGUGACAGGAGGCAAGAGAGUGUCCAUCCACCCGCACAUGCCAGCAAUUUGUUUGAGAACGAAACUGUGAGCAGGGCAGAGCGUAAAGAGCGGAGCGCGACAAGUGCAAGUGCAAAGUGCAUAAAAGGGACAGAAACAGCAACAACAACAACAACGGAACAAGUCAAAAGAGAGGACAAUGAAAGUUAAAGUCGAGCGCAAGACAAUAACAAAAGCGACACCAACAACAAUGAGCAAGCCGAAGCUGGACGAGGAGGAGAGCGAGGAGGCGGCGGCAACGACAGAGCAAUUGGACUUUCUGCCCGCGGAUCUAACGGCAACAACGACAACGAUAGCAGCAGCAACGCCAACAACAGCGGCCGCAGCGGCAGCAGUGCGCAAUCUUAUCCUCGGAACAUUCGAUGGCAUACAGAGUGCACCAACGCUGACGACGCCCACGCUGACGCCGACCACGCUGCGCAGCAUUGAGGAGACAUUCUUCGAGAUGACCAACGAUGCACCAUAUCAGGCCGGCUUCAAGCCACCCCCGCUGGCCCCAUUGGUCAACAACAACAACAACAACAAUGGCAACGGCAAUGGAAAUGGAAAUGGCAACGUUUUGGCAUCAUCCGUGGUACCCACAACAACCACAACGGCCACCAUCAUUGGUGUGAGCAAUCCGCUGAUCAGCCAGCAGCAGCAGCAACAGCAGCAGCAGGUAUUCGAUUGCGGGGCCAGCGUUAUGCCCGGCAGCGAUACGGAGGAGUCCAACGGCUCCUGGGCCGAUGGGCAAAUGAAUGAGGAUCAGAGCAUAUCCGAUACUUCAAGUGGAGCCACAGACAGCACCUCCUAUCAGAACGGACACAUGAUGGGCAACAGCGGCGGCGGCAAUGGCGGCGGUACUGGCGGCGCCAACAACUUCAGCAACGUCCUGGCCGCAGCCGGACGCAACACAAAUACCUCAAACAGUGCCACACCGGCGCGUCGCGGCGGCGGACGGCGCCCGAACAGAUCCGCCAAUAUGACGCCCGAGGAGGAGGAGAAGCGUCGCAUCCGGCGGGAGAGAAACAAGCAGGCGGCGGCACGCUGUCGCAAGCGACGCGUCGACCAGACCAACGAACUCACCGAAGAGGUCGAGCUGCUGGAGAAGCGGGGCGAGAACCUGAAGAAGGAGAUGGAGCUGCUCAACGAGACGAAGAACCAGCUGGAGUACUUCCUGCAGGCACACCGUCCCACGUGCCAGAAGGUGCGUGCCGAUAUGCUCAGCGUGACCACCUGCAACGGGCUGAUCGGGCCACCGGCCCUCCUCAGUGCCGGCAGCUGUGGCAGCGGCAGCAGCCACCACAACAACAACAGCAACAGCAAUGACAGCAGCAGCGGCACGAUCACCGGCCUCGAUGCCACCCUGAACUCCACCGGGCGCAGCAAUUCGCCGCUCGAUCUCAAGCCGGUGCCAAUCGACGAGGAUCUGCUGCUGCACAUCAAGGACGAGCCGCUCGACGGUGCGUUGGACUCGAGCUCCUCGCUCGACCAGGACGGACCGCCGCCGCACAAGCGCUUUGCGCUGCCCAACAUUGCCACGCUGAUGACGCCCACCGGUCCGGCGGGGUCGCUGCAGACGCCCGUCUCGGGCACGGCGCCGCAUGGCUUUGGUAGCUUCCCCACCACCAUCAGCAACAUCAGCAACAUCAGCAGCAUCCACAACGGCCCCACACUUAACUCUCUGAACAAGAUGCCCAAGGAGCGGCCCAACACGCUGGCCUUCCAACGGCCCUUCGGCGGCCAGAUGCAGCUGAGUGGGAGCGGCAGGGCUCCCACGCAGAUACAGGGCGUGCCCAUCCAGACACCGUCGACGGGCACCUUCAACUUUGACUCCCUGAUGGACGGGGGCACCGGGCUGACGCCCGUCUCCGGUCCGCUGAUCCCCAACUGCACCUCGCAGAACAAGCACCCACUGGAGCUGCCCACGCCCACAACCGAGCCGUCCAAGUUGGUCAGCUUAUAACCGGUAUAGGGCCGGGGGCAGGGGCGGGAGCGGGAUCGGCAGCCGACGUACGGCGCUAACAAAGUCAGACUUAAGUUAAGUUUUAUAUAAUGAAUGAACUACGAUUAUGAGUAUAUUGUAUCUACACUUAGGCGACGAACAUUUUGCUAGAUCUAACGAUGUUUUGUUCAUUUUUGUAAUCGUAUCUGUAACGAAUAUUUCGUAGGCCCCCCACCGUCCUGCGGAGGAGAAGGGUACUCUUGUUUUCCGUUUAACUUUAAUGUUUUUGUAUUAUUAUCUUUAUUACGUUUAAUUUAUGAUUUUUCUACGCGUAGUAGUAUGUCUUUAUGCCGGAGGAGUGUUUUGUGCAAUUUUGAAACCUUUUUCAUUUGCGUGUUAUAUUUUCCAAAAAUAUACAUACGACAACAGAUCGGAUCGGAUCGGAUUGGAUCGAUGGACGGAUGGAUGCAUUAUGAUGCAUGCUAGCUCGUUGUAUGCCUGACAUUUUUCAGCCUGAGGCGCAAGCGUCCAGGCCGGAAAAUGCAAAACCGAAUGAUUGGAUGGAAAGGGAUUGAAGUGGAUGGAUGGAAGGAUGCGUUGUGAUAUUUAUUAUAAAACAAAUAAACAAAAAGUAGAAAGCAAACAAAAGAAUUAAACGAAGCGUAUAAUGAAAGGAACUAAGCCGGUUUUAAAAUUGUACAUUUAAACGAAAUUUGCAUAUAUUCAAUACAGAAGAAAUACAAACAUACAAACUACAUACAAUGCCUUGAGAGAGAAUUAAGAAAUGCAACAACAAAUUUAUAUAAAUAUAUACCUACGAUAUGUACGUUUAAACAUUAAACCUAAACAAUAAUCGCGUUGAUUGAUGAUAACGAUGCCAGUUUUAUAUUGAAUCCGUAGCACUUGUGAGACGAUGUGAGACGAUGGGAUGAGAUACAACAAAAUAUUGUAUACUUAUUGUACGACGAUUACUCUGUAAGCCUGCAGUAGAAGAGCCCAAAUAUAUUUUUACUAAACGCAACGAAAGCGCUAUUUUCAAAUACAAUUUAUAAGAACAAACAAAAACCAAUAAUGACAAAGCAAAGCAAUUAUUUAAUAUGUAAUUAAUGUAUUACGCAAAACAAAACGAUCAUAAUAUUAUAAUGCUAUUUCAACAAUAGAUCAGAAUCAGGUAACAGAACAUAGAUGGCCCCUGUGUGGCAGUAUGUUCUACAUUUUCUACAUUUAUCCAAACACACACACCACACACACACACAAAAUAUUGAUCGACAGGAAACUGUAGCAAGAGUUACGAUACGAUGCACUUAUAGGGCAGAAAACACAAACACACACACCAAAAUUGACAAAAAAUAAAUAAAAUAAAAACUA